CUCAUUGAUGCAAGCAGAGGACCUGAAUGAGAAGCAAUUUUAUGUUUUAUUGAUCACUUUUUCUGGUUCUUUUCUCAUGAACCUCAAUAUGUCAGAAGCUCAAAGGUCUUCGCAUCAACAAAGAGAAGAAAAGUAAACAGAAGUACACGCAAACAGAUAGCUCAUUAACAACCUCACAACAUAAUCCAUGACAUUCACGGGAAGUGUCUUCGUUAUGCAACCACAAACGUCCUGCAUCUCCAAGAUAAUGUGGACCCCAAACUAAAAAUGCCCUUUGCUACCGCAUAUUCUGAGCCAUUGAUCAAACCAGAUGCAAGAACAAGUGCACAAGCAAUGCAUCUUCCAUGUCCCCAUCUUACAUGACCAAUCAGCUUGUCCGUUUCCUGACCACCAGGCUUUAUUCCAUUGCAUUAAUUCUUUGAGAAUGAUCACAAAGCCUGGACUUGUGUAGAAACUCAAGUUCCAAUUUCCAUAUAGUCCGCUUGCCUGUGCCUUCAAUCUAGACUGCUUCAUCUGUUUUUAGCUCUUUCACCAAUCUCAACAUCAGCAACUCAAAGGCAGGUUUUCUGCAGCCAUGUUAGAAGGCAAAGCCGUCGUUAACGAGACUGACAUGCUUCAAACAAUGCAGCAAGACGCGCUCCAUUUAGCUGCAAAGGCUCUCGAUAUAUUUGAUGUCACUGAACCUACUGAAAUCGCCCAAUUCAUAAAGAAGGAAUUCGAUGAGUCAUACGGGACUGGGUGGCAGUGCAUAGUAGGAACAGAUUUUGGUUCGUUUGUGACACACAGCCAAGGCUGCUUCAUCCAUUUCUUGAUUGGUAGCGUUGCAUUCUUGCUUUUCAGGGGUACAGCCAAUCUUGCUGCUGAAGCAAAUAUGAUCCCGCCAUUGGAAGCUGUAAAGGCAUAAAGCUCUGUUUCAUAAAUCUUUACUGCCUUCCUGUUCUCCUUGAAUUUGUA